AUGACGGCUAUUUAUAAACCAGCGAAGGACAGUCCAGUCAGCUCCGGGAUGGAGGUAGUAUGGAGAAAUGUAAACGUUAAAAAAGACAAUAAGUUAGUGUUAAAAAAUGUCAGUGGGGUGGCCCGACCUGGACAUUUACUCGCUGUACUGGGACCCAUGGGUUCUGGUAAGACCACGUUACUAAAUGCCUUAAUGGGUCGUAACCUGUAUCAAACAGGGGAAAUAACUCUCAAUGGACAACCAUUUAAUAAACAGAUUAAGCGUAAAUUAUCGUAUGUUUUAAAGGAGGAAGUUUUUUAUCCAAACGUCACCCUCAGAGAAACACUCAGGUUUGCUGCCAUGUUGCGUCUACCGAAUGCUAUAGAUGUAAAACAGAAACUAGCUAGAAUGGAACAGAUUAUUGAUGUACUGGAUAUUAGGGGCUGCUUGGAUACAGUGAUGGGAGACUAUAAAACUCCAGGGCUAACAGACGGUCAGAGAAAGAGAGCCAGUAUAGCCUGUGAACUGAUUACAAACCCUCUCAUGUUAGCAGUAGAUGAACCUACGAGUGAUCUGGAUUCCUACACAUCCAUUGCCUUGAUUAAAACUUUAAAAGCUUAUACUCACAAAUCAAAUAAAACCGUUGUCAUGACGAUACAUCAGCCUUCCAGUCAGAUAUUCAACAUGUUCGAUAAAAUACUCCUCUUAAAUCAGGGACAGGUUGUGUAUUUUGGGGAGUCGAAUAAAGUGAUCAGUUUUUUCGAGAAUAUUGGAUUACAUAUGGAGCCCAAUUACAAUCCUGCUGAUUUUAUUUGUGAGUCUUUCCUUCAAGAAAUUUGUUUAUUUCUUCAAAAUAUUUACUGUCAAAGCCAAAAGUUAAAAUUCAUGUCAAAUUUCAAUCACUCAAAUUUAAAACUGCAAAAUUUUUGGACUAGCUCCUUUUUAGAAUACCCAGAAUUAUUCGUUGAUAAAGACAAAUGGCCGACAAGUUUUUUUACGCAGUUUAAACAUCUGACAGUCCGAGCGUUUUGGCAGUGUAAAUCUCGAGUAUUCAGUAAGAUGAAGAUUGUAGAAACUGUUUUAUUGUGUGUCCUCGUUAGUCUGGUCUGGUUUCAACUUCCACGAACUGAGGAAACUUUACGAGACAGAAUGGGAGCUAUUUUUUUCCUGAUCACACUAUGGGGAGUAAUUCCUUUAAUUGAUGCCAUCACUGCCUUUGCAACUGAAAGGCCUGUUAUUGAUAAAGAAAGAACAGCUAACUGGUAUCGACUGUCAGCUUAUUACAUGGCCAAGAUGACAGCCGAGAUCCCCCUGGUUCUGGUGCCGCCUGUAUUGUUCCUGAUUCUAGCCUACUGGAUUAUUGGGCUGAACAAUGUGGAAGGAUUUUUUGGGAUGAUUUUCACCACUAUCAUUAAUGUCAUCACUGGUCAGAGUAUUGGUCUAUUUCUGGGAAUAGCGUUUACCCACGUAGAGACUGGUAUUUCUGUAUCAGUUAUUGUAAUGACGGCCUGUAUGUUGCUAGGUGGAUUCUUUACCAGAAAUCUACCAUUUUGGUUGGAUUGGAUCAAAUAUUUCUCCUUCAUAUUUUAUUCCUUCCAUUGUGCUGUGGUUCUGGAAUUUUCUUCUGACGCUGACGAUGUGAAGUAA